AACAACACAAGCCUGGAAACAUCUGUCACACUAUCUACAGAUCAGAGCCUGAGAAGACAGCAUGGCUUUUCUUAGCCGGUGUCUGAUUUUAGUGUUUCUCUGCUCCAAAGGUAUGAUACAUUUUAACACUAUAUCCAGCUAUAUUAUUUAAAAUGCAUAAAAAUCAGCUUUUUGUCCUGUUAGCAUGUUGUGUUUUUCUGCAAACAAUGCCACCUUAAGCCCAAUAAUAAUGCCAUUAGAGGUAUUUUAUUCUUGUCUGUUUCUGCCUCCUCUGUUUUAUUAUGGUCACUUUUUUCCCCAACAGUUCUGCAAAAUAAAGCCUCCUCAUGGACAGUCAAGUUGCCCUCUUCCGUGAAAGGUCUCGUAGGAUCCUGUGUGGUGAUUCCCUGCACAUUUGACUAUCCAGCUCCAGCUCCAGGAAAACAACUCACUAGAUUCACCGGGAUAUGGAACAAUGCAGAACAUCAGGUUAUUUAUCACCCAGUUCAAGACAAAGUACUUCAGCAGUAUCGAGGUCGGACUAAGCUGCUUGGAGACACCAGUCAGAAGAACUGUUCGCUGAUGAUCGAUCCCCUUCAACAAAGUGACAGCGGGCCUUUUAUUUUCAGAAUUGAAAUCGCUGACUAUGACAACUAUUCUUACAAGAGCCCUGUCUCCAUCAGGAUGAUCAGUAAGUUAACAAAGACAAUCAUCUUAAACAGCACAGACAAUUCUUUUAUCUCUCCAAAGCCUUUCUACUGUUGUCUUUUGUUUUUCUUUUCCUUUCUUGUUGAAGAAAUUUACUCAAUGCAGAACACUUAUAAAUCAGUUUUUGUACUGGUGGAGCAGAGUUUUUCACUGUUGUCAAACUUGAUGAGUCGGUGAUUGAGGUUGUUUAGGUUUUUGACCACACAGUUCCCACUUCUCUAUUCUUAAGAAGUUACUGGUUGCUCUCCUCUUUUCAUUAAACCGCCUCAUCAUUACAGUUUCUGUUUUCAAGAAAGAUGACUGACAUUGAAAGCAAACACCAGACAUUUCAAGAAUUACUGUUAAUCAAAUCCUGUGUCUGUUGCAGUUUACUUGACGUUUUUAUUCUUAAGAUGUGAUUCUUAAUGCUGAACAUGACCUGAAGAGCAGUUUUAUUAAAGGGAACUGUCUCUUAUAGCUAAGAUGGCACACGGAAAGUGUGCACUCUAGGAUUGUUGUGCCAUAAACUGAGAGUUGACUUAAACUAAUAAAUAAAAUAAAAUAAAAAAAAAAAAAUAAUAAAAAGACAAAGCAAGUUGAGUAUGAAACAGCAAGACUGCAGCAGCAUGGGGCAAAUAUCACAUGGAUAAAAAAGCAUGUAUCUCUGUCUGUACUUUUACCCCACAUUCAUCUAAAGUAGAAUGCACCAGCUCUUUCCGGUCUUGUAACUGAGUAAGAAGAUUUCAUUUAGAAGAAGUCAGAACCAGAGUUGGUAAAAAUGGCUUUCAACAGACUUAAGUAAAACAUAAGCUUGUCAUCAUAAAUUUGCUUUUUCUAACAGGCGAGCCAAUCAGUGUCUCUGUGAAAGAUGAACUGAAGGAGGGUGAAAAUGUGUCUGUGUCCUGCUCUGCGUCCUACUCCUGCCCAGCUUCUCCUCCUGACUUUAACUGGAAUCACUCUGGAGAGAAAGUAUUUCAUACAGAGGAGCUCGACGCUGGCCAGUGGAGAGCAACAUCGACUCUCACCUUUCACCUCACCAGAGCCGAUCAUGAGAAGAAUUUACUAUGCACUGUGAGAUACAUUGGAGGGAAGCAGCGGACAGAAUCCAAGGUUCUCAAAGUUAAAUGUAAGUGAACAACAUUUGAUUAUGAUCUUGGUAUUUAUCAAGAAUAAAUGAAACUUUUCUUGAUAGUAGUUGCAAAGAGCUUCGCUGUCAAUGAAAAAGACCAAAAAGCAUUUGAAUCAAUGAGAUUUUUUUUGACAUAUUAGGGCAAGGGUGCACCUCAUACAUCAAUAGAUGUGAAAUUCAAAACCAACCAUAGUAAAGCCUAAAACAGGAGAGAUAGGAAUUUAUUGUUAGGGUGCUGGUUGCUAUUUUUACAUGUUUUUUUUUUUUCUAUGAUUUGUAAAGUUUUAUCAAUUCAAAUAUAGGAGCUUCAAGAGAUAAAAUCAGCAGGAAUAGCUGUGAGGGGAUUCCUGUCAGUCAUCAUGUGAGCAGGCAUCGGAAAAAGAGCUUAACACCGUCUCUGUGUUUCACGUUGGAUGAGCUGUCUGUGUGGACCGAUGAUCUUGUCCUGUGCAGCAUUUUCCCACUGAAAAACACUCUGGCACUUGAAACAAGACAUGAAACCUUUCAUUCCUUGACAUUUUUAUCAAAUCUUUUCUUCUCCCUAACAACAAUGUUUGGUUGAUAUAAGUCACUAGACCAAAAUGGGAGAUUAGGUAGAACAUGUUUAAGGGAGUUAAAAAAUGGAAGACACCAGCAUCAAAAGUUACAGCAUAAAUUGAACUAGAAAAGUCCCUCUGGGAAAUUUUAAAAGGGCCACAGAGGUUACUGCUGGGGUGUGUUCGUGAUCAUGAUUCUUUAGAUUUCAAAGAAUUAAUACUAUUAAUACUACCUUGACAUUAUAUACAAGGAGAACAUCCAACAAACAUUCCUUUUGCCUGUCCCAUUGACUCAAGUGCAAAAUUUUUCUACAGUUUUUCGUGACAUCCGUUGUGAAAAAUUCAUAUACAGUGGGAAACAUCAUACCAAUCCCAAUUAAACCACACGAGUCUUUAAGCUGUUGGACCAGUAGCAAAUCUAAAUUUGUCCAGAAGAAGAGUAAGAAAAAGUCCCAGUAUAACAAAAGUGUCUUGGUCACUAUUUCCGUUAUCAUGAAAAAACAAACUUUGUUAUAUUGAGAUAACAAGAUAAUAGGUCAUUAUCACGAGAUAACAGUACAUAAAAAAAAGAAAAAUUUGUGGCUGUUCUCGGCUCCCAGAGUAUGGGGCCUCACCCCAAGGUGUUAUUGUAUAGAAGCUUGCUGUAAAGUUUGUAGCAUCUCUAUUGUCUAGGAGCCAGUGCCUUGGUGCGCUUGCCCCUGGGGCUCUAAUAAGGAUAUUGAUUGACAGUCAGCUUUUUAUUGUUGAUCAAAUUGCUUCGAAAGUGAUUCAAUGAUGCAGAGAUAUUAGAGCAUUCCUUGAUUAGUGAAUUGGCCUCAGCUGUGGGCCUGGCCUGAGAAAAAGAGCGACUUUUUCCUUUUGCCUUUUGCGCUUGUCUCACAUUUGGGCUUGUUCUGACAAAUUGGUAGCACCUAUCAGAGCAGAAGCAUGACCAUGGUCAUCGUAAGGACUUUCUUAAUGCUUUGAUAUGAUUUUUGUGUUUUUAAAUAAAAUAGUUUGGACAUACUUGCAGGUUAUAAACAGGAUUUCCUUCUGCUUCUCUCAGAAAAUCUUUGUAUUUGUGUCAAUGAGGAGCAAAGACAGACAUUGCCGCACUUAGAGGCUCAGUAAUUAAAAUCUGUAAGUGUCUCUGCUUAGAUGAACACAUCGUUAGAGACAGAACAAGUGUGUCUACUACUAGAAAAAAACAUGCAGUAGAGUGUAGAGUGUAGUUUUCUGGCUGGGGGGAGCGUGGAAAUAGAAAAGUUUUAGACAAUUUCACGCAACUUCUCUACUUCUAGCUGAUGUUGUUGCCGACUCUGGCAUGAAUACUCCACGCAAUACACACACAUUAUAAUCCCAAAAUUUCUCUCAAAACAUUUCCAAGUUUUUUGUGACUUACGUCAUGAAAAACGAUGGUACUGGCCCGGGCCAGUGCCUUGUUGCGUUUGCUAAUUAUUUAUUCCCUGACCAAAACAGCUUCAUGACCCUGAAACAGCUUCAUUCAAUAAUUUCUGUUUCUCAGAUUUUUUCUUGUCUCAUAUCUGAGGAUCAGUAACUCCUCUAUCAUCACUGUUUUUGUCAAAACUGAAUUUUUAAUUUUCUUUAACAAAUAUUGAACAUAUUGCUCUAAUACAAGGCCACAAAUUUUUAUGAUCCUCAGGGGAUUCACUACAUAAACAAAUGCCCUGAAUUUUCUUUUCGUGGUACAUUGGGUUAAAUGUUGUGAUUCAAUUGAACAACUGAAUCAGUUUCAGACAUUUGUCCCCCCUUACAGUGAAAACUUUGUUUACUCCUCUACACUUCUGUCAGCACUGUAAUCUCUCUAGUUUGAAUGUGAUCAAGAACAGAUGGUAAUUUCAAAAGCUCAAAAGGUUUUCUUCUAGCCUCAUUUUUGUGUAUUGUCUAUCGAGCUUAGUGUGCUAACAUGUUGAAUCUGGGUGCCAGCUUAUCUUCAGAGUGCAAUCAUCUUUUUAUGUGUGUGUGUGUGUGUGUGUAAAAUUUCCCAAAGCAUAAGCACAUAUUUCAGCAUAAGCACAUAUUUCCAUGCACGUUUCCAUGCAGAUGCUCCAGUGACUGUGACAGUUGAGUACAAGUCAGAUGUUAAGGAGGGGGAAGCUGUGCAGCUGGGAUGCUCCAGUGAUGCUAACCCCCCGGCCAGUAUCUAUCAGUGGCAGGAUGAAACUGGUGGCCUACUGCACAAGGGGAGUGUCUUUGCACUGCAAAAUGUCUCCAGACGCACAGGAGCUCUGUACUGCACUGCCAUUAACACACUGGGACAACACAAUUCAAGCCUUGUGCAUCUUAAUGUGUUACGUAAGUCAUAAACCAAAAACCACAUUAAAUAUUUUAUAGAAGACUGAAACAUUAUUUUUAAAAAAACGUGUUCUAAAGAAAUGCAAUACUGUGUUGAGUGACUUUGCUGAUUUGCAAAUCAUUUCAGUCUUAUUCAUAAUUGGAACUAGUUCAAAGAUAUUAUAACAAACAUAGAAAGAGGGGAAAAAAAGGAUUUCAGCUGUUCAUCUGCUCAAGGUCUUUGAAAUGGGUGACCUCAGGCAGACCGGUUUAUCACCCAAAGCCGUGUUGUUUUAACACUCACAGAAUAUAGUUUGGCGUUGUCUUGCUGAAAUAUGCAGGUUCUCUUUAAAAAAAAAAAGAAAAGGCAUUGUCUGGAAGGCAGUUUUUGUUGCUCCAAAACCUGUAUACAUGGUCCGGCACUGAAGGCUCCUCACCACAUGAAUAAGCUGUCCAUUGCCAUGUGCUCUUCUGCAGCCCAUACAACACAGACCACAGGACAGCUGCUAGAGUUAAAACCCUCUUCUAUCGAGCUGCUAGAAUGAUUUCAUACUAAAGAAAACUCAGAUUUUGACCCAGUGUUUCUGUAAAAUAUUAUUGAUAACUUUACAAGCCUUCUCAGAUCAGCUGGUUGGGAAAUUUCUGGCUGUGUCUAAAGGGGAAUUAUUGUUUUAAGGCUUUUGUAGUCAUGGCUACAAACUCACCUGCACUUAAAAGUUGAUUGAUAAAGUUGAAAUGAUUAAAGUAGCUUUUUAGACAAAUAGUAUUGUCACAUUUAUUCAUUGUAUUACCAAGCACUUUGAAACUCAGAAAGACACUUUGUGUUUUUGCAGAUGGCCCUGAGAUUAAGACCAUGUCUUCCUGCUCCCGGGAUGCAGACACAAACAAGGUUAAGUGUGUGUGCAUUGUAGAGUCCAGGCCUCCCAGCAUGGUCCACUUUGUGCUCUCUGACAGAAUCCAGUCAAAAGCAAGCAUCGAGAAACACGGCCCGAUCAUCAUCGGGACUCUACAAACAGAAUAUGGAUCCUCUGAGUUCGUGCAUUGUCUGGCAAACAACACACAGGGCACAGCCAACGUCACGCUCUAUUUUCCUGUUAACAGUAAGCACAGAUUGGUUACCUCAAAAUGUUUACAUUUACAUUUAUGUAAAGAGGUCAUAACUAAGGCCAACUUGAAUAAAUCUUUUUUUUUAUUUCCUUAAACAGGUAAGAUGCAGAGUGUGUUUACUUACAUAGCUACUGGAACAGGUCUGAUUUUGGUGUUACUUUUAAUUGCAGUGGAAGUUAAAAAAUGGUAAGUCGAAUUUUGCUGUCAUUAAGAGUGCACUAUAUCUUCUUAGUUGACUCUUAUAAGCUGCACAAUUGAAGAAGCAGCAACGCCUUAAAAGUUGUUAAUACUCUUUUUUUUUUUUUUAAUUGCAGAGGUGUUUGUUAAAAUGGGGUGUGUCUCAUGGUUUUGUGGGCACUUGUGUGAGGUGUCAGUGGUGUUUAUUUUUUUUAAGGUCCUUAAACUGUGAAAUAUUAUUCUGCCAGCAGAGGGAGGCCUGAGGAGAAUGCAACAACUCAUCUGAGCACCAUGAAGGAGGGAAAAGACGUGAUGUCCUCUCAGUAUGCUGCACCAAAGAGGUUUUACUUAUUCUCCCUGCAUUAAAAUAAAUAACUGAGGUCCUUAAAUGUGGGGUAGGCAGGAUUCUUUUUUGUGGUGUAUAUCCAAAAAAGCUUUUAAUCUCAGUCAACAACUAUCAGUUAUUGAUGACAUUUGGCAAUAUAACGAUAUCACUGAGUUUUGUUACGUAGUCAACGUUUUAAUUUUUUUGAGCAGCCCGCUCUUUCUGACUGUAAACAAAGCCACUCCAUGCCCCCCCAAACCUGAUUGGUUGUGAGGCAGACGCUGCUCCCCCAUGUUGCCCACGAGCCCAAACAACGGACAGUAGAAACCAACCAAUUGUCUGAAUCCUCCUUUGGCCACGACUGCCAACACAAGCAAGAAAACAAAGUAAAUACCAGAAUAACAGGCGCUUAAAAAGGAGGUAGACUGGACAAGAGCUAAAAAGCCGGGUCAGCAUCCAUGAAGCUAGCAUAAACAAUGGGGGACACUUCGGGAUCUUUGUGUCUGUAACAGGAGUGUUUCUUGUCAAACGGGACCUGCUGCAUGUUGUAGCGCCACUAAACUGUUUAUACUCGGGUCCUGGAGUUUGUCACUUCAUCCUAGUUGUAGAGGUUCUGCUAACAUUGUGUUUGCUGGUAGUCUGUUGGCGUCUACAGUAGCACCAAUGCUUUUAACUUUCACACUGACUGGGCCCCAUUUCUUAUUAUCUGAAGUAUUUAUCUGCAUUAUAUCUGAAUUUAAUUAGAAUGAUAUGAGCGAGCAGGAGCAUCUGUUUGUGGGCGGGGCUUGCUGGAGCAGAGAGGGAGGUGAGAGAAGGAGCUGAGGGGAAAACUGGCUGGGAGGGGUAGUGUUUACAUUCAAGAUUUCUCACAAAAACUGGCACUUCCUCAGAUCCUGUCUACCCCACCUUUAAACUGUGUGAAAUAUAUUAUUCUGCCAGCAGAGGGAGGCCUGAGAAGAACACAACAACUCCCCUGAGCACCAUGAAGGAGGGAAAAGACGUCAAGUCCCCUCGGUAUGCUGCAACAAAGAGUUUUUACUUAUUCCUCCUGCAUUAAAAAAUCGUUUCCCCCACAAUAUUGAACCAAAAGAUGAAGUCAACCUUUCUCAGGUUGUGUUGUCAUGUGAUGCCAGUAUGUAAAUCUACAUUUUCUUUGUUCUGUCCUCAGAGAAGAGACGAGUUAUGAUAAUGUAGAUUUCCCCGAUGUUUAUGGAAAUGAUCCCGUAUAUGGCAACAUGGAGGUAUGUUAAGUUUAUUAUUAUCUUUAUCAUUUCCAGGCAUUAAAAAAAAUAACUUACUCAUUCUUGUGUCCUUUACAGACUGACCUGGAUGAUGCAAUUUACGCCAAUGUAUAACAGGAACAAGAACAUAAAUUCACUGGUAGAUGCAAGCUGUGUCUUUUGACCAAUGUGUGUCACGAAGGUUACUGAAGUUGUUGAUGUACCACUUUCUGCGUAGAUGAUGUAAGCAUUAAUAAUAUCUGCCACCUAUUAUACACACACACACACACACACACACACACACACACACACACACACAUAUAAUGUUGUUAAUGUCCAUGAUUACAUGCACUUGUGUUUUAAAUGCUGUGUUUCAUUUUCGUGUGGAUCAUGUAAAUUUUGUGAUAAAUCAUCAUUAAACUUAUAUGCAUAUUUUACUGGAA